GAAUAGACAACAAAUCCACUCCACGAGUACGGUUGACUCUUUGGCUAAGCUAAAACUUUUGGGUUUUUGCAUCACGUUGGUUUCUGAAAAAUUGCAACUUUUUCAAAAUGCAUCCCGAUCUAACGGAAAGAAUUCUUCAACACUUGAACGUCUCCGAUAAGGUCGACACUCUCGAUUUGGUGCCGAUUUUCGGUGAAGAUCACCAGAAAAUCAUCGGCGCCUUAAAAAGUAUUCAAGCUCACGGAGAACUUGUCCUUGCUGAACCUGCAUCGAGGAAAUCACUUGAACUAACUGGCGAAGGGACCCAAGUUGCUGCCAAUGGUAGUCAUGAAGCAGCAGUAUAUAAUUCUGUCCCAGCUGAGGGUAUCGCCCAAGCCGAACUAAUGAAAUCAUCACCGAAUGCCAAAGUUGGCUUCAGUAAGGCCAUGUCACAAGGAUGGAUUUUUGUGGACAAGUCUGUCACUCCGCCGUUGGUUAAGAGAAAAGUUGACAAAAUCGAGGAUUUGGUUAUGGAGAACCUAAAAGCCGUGGCAAGUGGAGCCAGUGACCUGGCACCCAAUGUUAUAGCUGAAUAUAAAAAAAGGAAACUUCUUCAGGAAGUAACCACCAAGAGUUUUAUCCUCAGCAAAGGCCCCGAAUUCUCAACAACCCUCACAAAGCUUGAAACCGAUCUUACAGUAGAGAUGCUAGCCUCCGGCUUGUGGAAAGAUUUGAAAUUCAAGGCAUACAACUUCGAUGCCUUGGGCGCUCCCCCGACAAGAGGUCAUCUUCAUCCUUUGCUUAAAGUUCGCACCGAGUUCCGUCAGAUCUUUCUUGAAAUGGGCUUCUCCGAAAUGCCCACGAACAACUACGUCGAAUCAUCAUUCUGGAACUUUGACGCUCUCUUCCAGCCCCAACAGCAUCCGGCCCGUGAUGCACAUGACACUUUCUUCAUUAAUUAUCCAUCGAAGAGCUAUAAAUUCCCUCAAGAAUACCUUCAGCGUGUGAAGAAGGUCCAUUCGGAGGGCGGCUAUGGUUCGCAGGGUUAUGGAUACGAUUGGAAGCUUGAGGAAGCGCAGAAGAAUCUGCUGCGCACCCACACCACCGCCGUGAGUGCGAGGAUGCUCUACAAACUAGCCAAUCAGCCGGGAGGAUUCAAGCCAGCCAAAUACUUCAGUAUUGACAGAGUGUUCCGUAAUGAAACUUUGGAUGCCACGCAUUUGGCCGAGUUCCAACAAGUCGAGGGUGUAAUUGCUGAUGUUGGGCUAACACUGGGUGAUCUGAUUGGAACCCUGUACGAGUUCUUCCGUAAGCUGGGUAUCACUAAGCUGGAAUUCAAACCAGCUUACAAUCCCUACACUGAACCCAGCAUGGAGAUAUUCUGUUUCCAUCCUGGUUUGGACAAGUGGAUCGAGGUUGGUAACUCAGGAAUCUUUCGGCCAGAGAUGUUGCUUCCAAUGGGUUUGCCUCCAAAUGUGAACGUAAUUGCUUGGGGUCUGUCGCUGGAACGACCAACCAUGAUUAAAUAUGGAAUCAAUAACAUUCGUGAUCUAGUUGGACCAAAGGUCGAUUUGAAGAUGGUUGAAGAAGGACCAAUUUGUCGAUUGGAGCGUUAAUUUUAAUUUGUUUUUGAUGUAAACGUAAAUUAAAUGAAAUAAAUAAAAUAAUUUAAUUGA